AUGGCACGAUAUACCCUACUGUCCCAGCUAAUCACUGGGAACGAUGAGACUGACCAAGCAAUGAUGAAACAACUCCUACAGGAGUUGUUCCAGUUUCAACGUCAAAAUAGUCGACUGUUCAAGGCGAGCAAUCACGCCGUGAAGCCUAAGAAUGUGGGUAACACAGCAGGAUUUCGAAAGCUGCUGAGCUUUGAAAUCGAACGAGAUACUCUGAACUUGAUGCAGUCUCAGUCUGCCAUCUGGAUUUCACGACCAUCUGAAUUCUGGAACCCUCAUCUGAGCUCCAGUGUGGCCACCAGUUCUUACAGUCUCGAGAGCUCACUUGUUCACCUAUAUCGCCAGACUUUGCGUCUUGAUUCUUAG